CCGUCCUACACUCCUAUCCUUAAAAGAAGAAGGAAAAAAAAAAACAAAAAAGCGAAAAUGAAAAAGCAACCUUCACUUUCCUCCUCUUCCCUAGUUGUUCCUCCUCCUAAUUUCAUUCCUCCGCGAACGACGCCUACAUUUUAUAAACUCAAAUCAGUCAACGAUCAAGGAAAAACCCAAACAAAGUCAACAUAAAUCAACAAUCAAAAACCCUAACCCCCUCCUCCUCCGACGACGACCACCACGAUGCAAAAUCAAAACCACCACCAUCCAACCACCACGGCGGAAGCCGACCUCCCUUCCCUCUCUAAAAUCAAAGUCCGCUCCUCUUCCCCCCGUUUCCCUCCCCCUACCACUCCUUCCUCCGCCGAAACUCCCACAGCCGGUGCUCAGCGUCGGAUUGGCAUCGCCGUCGACCUCUCCGACGAGUCUGCCUUCGCUGUCAAAUGGGCGGUUCACCAGUACCUCCGUCCUGGGGACGCCGUCAUCCUUGUCCACGUCCGUCCUACUUCCGUUCUCUACGGUGCCGAUUGGGGCUCCGUUGACCUCUCAAUUGUUGAUACGGAGAACGAGGAGUCUCAGCAAAAGCUCGAAGACGAUUUUGAUACUUUUACCACCACCAAGGCUUCUGAUCUGGCUCAGCCGCUUGUCGAGGCCCAAAUUCCUUUCAAGAUACACAUUGUUAAAGAUCAUGAUAUGAAGGAGAGGCUUUGCUUGGAGGUAGAAAGGCUUGGGCUAAGUGCUGUGAUUAUGGGGAGCCGUGGCUUUGGGGCUACCAGAAGGGGAAGUGAUGGAAGGCUUGGAAGCGUCAGUGAUUACUGCGUCAGGCAUUGUGUUUGUCCCGUCGUGGUUGUGAGGUAUCCUGAUGAGAAAGAAGGUGGAACUGCUCCAGUUGUUUCUGUUGCCUCUGUGGCUGAAGAGGAUGAGGAAGAUCAGGAGUAUCAUGAUGCUUCUACUGAAGAUCGCAAAGAUUCCUGAACGAUUGUUGGUCAUGGUGUACCUCUUCAGCUUCAGUAACCACUGUGUAGAACUUCGCGGCGUACUAGAGAGAAAAGGGCUUUUGGGACUGAAUUGACUUGGUUGAUGUCUGAUUCAUGUCAUGUAAAUGAGCACUAGUUACUCCUUUAGCUCAUGUUCAUUGCUUCAUGGGUUAAAGGGUGCUUGCUGUAUCUCUAUGGAUUUGUUUUGGUAGUAACCGUACUUGUCAUUGGCCCUCCUUAUGAUAUGUGAAUCACUCCAUUGGGGCUUAUGAUGUAUGAAACUCAUGACUAAAUUUCCUCGUGUCUUUGGUAUUUGUAUGUUCCUGUCUGCAAUAGUAGUCUUGAUCCACAUUUGUGUUUCUAGUCUCAUGACUUUCUUGCUGUCUGAAGUUCCAAGGCUUCCUUUUUAUUCACUUCUUGUGCCUCACAAGUGUUUAUGAUUCCACAAAGAAAGUGUACUGGUAACAUACCGCUUGUCACAGAUUAUGUGUCACUUUGGUUGGGUGGGGGGCGGCAGAAAUGUAGUUUAUAUGGAGUAAGUAAUAAGAUGGUUUUGGGGUUUCUGGUUAAAUUGUAGGCUGAUCUUGACUCCUGUCUGCGGUCAAUCCACUAGGCCUCGAUGUCAUUCUGGAAAUUGUGUGUUCCUAUUCAUGAAAUAGGAUGAGAACAUGUUAGUACGCUGAAAAAUCGUUGGACUUCUUCAGGUGUGGGCCGAUGAUAGGAUAAGAAGUAUCAAUAAAUCUAUAUGUAGCCCACAGAUAUAGAACUUGUUUACCUCGGGCACUAUUUCCUCGAAGAACACUCCUCGUAAGCGAGUAUCCAUCCUUUUCCUUAGUCCCUCAGGGGACCUAAAUGAAUGAAUGUCAUUACUCAUUAUUACUCUGUUUAAUGGGUUUUUGUUUUAGGAAUUAGGAUUAGUCUCUUUGAAAAUCUCCUGCAACCAAACCAUCAAGUUUUUAAACUCUGAUAAUCCUGCAUAACCACAUGAUUCUUAAAUCUUGUCUGGAUAGACGGCCAAGACCCCAAUAAUGUUGUGGGUAAUGUUGAUAAGCACAAUUGAAUAUGCCAAAAACGCCUAAAACUAGAACCGGAUGGUCCCUCGCCCAUGAGCCCCUAUUAAACCCCCCUGCCUGCCCUCUUAACCUUUCAUACAUCAUCGGCUGGCUUUUCAGCGGCACGCGACAAAAAUUUUGAUCCAAAACAAGACAAAAAAGGAAAGUAAAUCAUCGGACGGACGAGGACACUUCUAGUGGAACGGGAGUCUUUAAUUAUUAGAGGGUUCAAACGGGCAAAUAAGUUUCAAAAAUUAAACAGGUAGCAAAAAAUGUGAUUAAAACAUGUGGUACGCGUAAAACAUGUGGUUGAGGCGGCAUUAUUUUGCGCUUUGCUUUUUCUAAAUUGAUUAAAACGCAACAUACACAUGGCCAAAGAGUGCAUAAACGAAAAUGUGGUAAAUAGCCACAUAUUUUGGUUGGACAAAUUAUUCUGCUUUUUAUCUCUUUGUUUUUUUUACACCAGAUAAAGUUGACCGUCUUACAUUUACGAGAUUUUUGUUUAAUAUCAUAGACCAUACACGACAUUAUGUGGUGAAGCCAUCACUUCUUGACUGCGUCCAUCUCCAUUCAUUGAAUGUAAACAACCAAAGUUUUGGAUUUUUGGCCACAAGAAGUGGUUAACAGGAGCGUAAAUUGAAGUAUCAAGACCUCUGAAGACUGGAUAUCGGCCACAAGGUGUUUUAGCCCAGUUGACAAGGAAACAUGAAUGGGAGGUAGCGUGGGCACUGGGCUCACAUCUGCCAGAUGGAAUUAUUCCUCUUUAGUCUCUCUAGUUUUGGUUUCUGUCAUUCAUUGAAUGUACAAUGUUCCCGAAUUUAGAACAGUUUUGAGUUUUAAGUGUGAAGUCAGCAAUUUGGUCAGUUUGGAGUAAAAGCCUAGUUGAUAAGAAUUAAGAAACAUCAAUGAGGCUAUUGAAAUUCGAAAAUUAGUAAAUUCUUUGUGACCCUCGUUGGAUAGUAGUAGUAGACUAGUAGUACGACGAUAACUUGGUAAGUAGAUGGAGGAAGUCACAAAAAAAAAAAAGAAAAAGACAAUGCACUUGAAUUGAAAAUUUGAAAUACUACACUCAACAAUCAUAUAAUCAAUACAAUUGUAGCAAGUUGUAACUAUCUAUAACGAGGAAAGAAAUAGAACAGAUAGUUUCUUGCAAGCUAUUAUCAUCCAAUAGUCAGCAAUUUCGAUGAGAAAGAAAGAAAAAGAUGAAGAAUUGAAUCUGAAUAAAAUUGUUGAAGUUAGCUGGAAAAUCAGUGUGUGUAAAGUGAUAACAAAGUAGUAGUAGUAGUAGUAAUAGUACUCUGCAUCUUUUUACUCAAUUUAAGCUGCCUCUCUGUUUAGAUGGGAAAUCCUCCGAAUAACUUCCGGCGCAUUACGAUUAUGCCCGCCGGUGACGGCCGCCGUGUUUUCUUGGAAAUCCAUAAAGGAACCCAUAAGUUGCAUUCUCCUCCUGAGCCCUGGAUGGUGUUCUAUUCUCGCCAUCUUUGACGCUCUGAAAGAUGCUAUUAGCUCUGUUUUUUCUAAAGCAGCCAGAUUUGACUUCACUUGGGAGGAACAACAAGCAUCAUCAUCCUCGUCCUGCCCAACAAAAGAAACCCAAUAUCAAUAAAUGAACAAAACUAUCUCUGUGAUUACAAAAAGAAAUUGAAGGAAUUGAAUCGAGCAAUUGGAGAUGGUAAUUACGAACAUCAGAGCAGUCCUCCUGAAAAUGGUCAUCCCGGGAUCGCUUCAAAACAUCAUUUCCGCCGGAAAAAUAUUCACUGCUUGAAGAAGAGGUGGUCAUAGGCGGCGCAGAGGAAACCGACGGCGACUGCCCGGACGGACAAGAAGUCCAGGGCACAACCUGAUUUUCUCCGUCCUCUUCCUCCCCAAUUCCUCGAUACUCCUCCUCGUCGCUAAAACACUCUUCUUCCUCGUCGUCAUCACUGCUGCUUCCGGCUGAUGAUCCCCGGUCAAAAUCUCCAUCUUCAUCGGAAAGAUGAUGCCGAGGCCUCCUGGUCGUCAUCGUCGUUACCCUGCCGGAGCUAAUGGCGGCGGGAUUAUUAUUACUCCGGGCGUAAUUACCAUUUUCAAAACAGCCUUCGCAGACGGAAAUAGUUGGGCUGAGUUUCGUCCCGGAAGCUUUCCACGGCGUCGGAAAUUGACAAACAUGACAAAGAAGACAUCUUGAAUGUUUGGCCACCAGAAAAUUGGCGCUGUGGACUUUCUCAUCGCACUCCCAACACAAUCUCGCUUCGUCCGAUUCGCAGAACAUCCUGGCCGGUUUGCUACAGAGCUCGCAGCUUCUCUCCAUUUUCUUCUUUUUUUCCUUCCCCAAAUUUCUGGGUUUUUUUGUUGUUUUUGUUGUUUUUUUGCCUUUUUCUUUUUUUUGGUUCCUCAAAAUUUGAUCAAUCUAGUUUUUCAGUCGUAAACGGUAAAGUGGUAUUUAUACAAUGGGUUUGGCCUUUGGGUGGUUUUGCUGCAUUUGGUAUAUGUUUUCUUCAAAAGUGUGGGCGGUAAGGUGGGAGUUCUAGACUGCUUACACCAAAGCCACAAUAUAUGGGGCAU